CUGUACUGGGAGGGCAAGAUGUUUGGUAGCUUCACCCAGACUGAAGUAGAGGUUGUGGAAGCUUGCAUCGAUGAGCUUGAAUCAUCCGAGCAGCCAAAUCCUAGGAUCUACUACGAAUUCACCAGACGAUCGCCCAAAGUUCCUUCAGCAGAAGCUUCUCGGGGCUUGACUGUUCUUGCAGAUGACUCUGUCGUCUCGACUUCUAAUGUCUCAAUGCCCACACUCGAUGAAGAAACCUGGCAGCUCUGUGCCGAAUUCAGUAUUGGCCCUUCGGCACCUCGCAACUUCCUUCCAUUGUGGUUCACGUCACCGACCCUUCUCGAGACCCUACCUUCUGUAUCGGUACGCGCAGAUGCUUUUGACUCUGCUAUCGUUCGAGUCUUGCGCGCACAAAGCGAUUUUGAUGUCGAGGGUCAAGGUAUAGACGAAGUACACCGCACUAAUGAGGGCAGAUCAGUCGGUGUUGUCGAAAUAGGGCUGGAGAUUUGCAGCCGGGCGGACAUUCAAAUGCCAACUAAUCUGCAGGAAGUCGUAGCUAUGUGCAACGCACAUUCAGUCGCUUUCUCCAGGUGGAUGCGGGCUUUAUCCAUGCAAUGGCUAACGCAGCGGGAUAUUCUCAUUGGCAUGUCGUGGGCUUUCAUGGAGCUGCAUGAAGUAGUUGCCAGGCUUGAUGAGCGCGAGUCACUUCUAAGCCCCGCCUCUGCGGCGAUCUUGUGGGGGAUCGCUUGUCAGGAAAGAGUUGGUUUGGAGAUCUGCGAAAAGAUCCUGCAAAGCAAUCAUAAGAAAGUAAAUUGUGAGGGAGGCCUCGAGGCUGCUAGAAAAACAGUCCAAACAGUUUCCCCAAAAACUUGGAUCAGUACCAAGCCAUGCAGGAUUCAAAAAGUCAACUUCAAAAUGGUCGUGCCGAUGUAAGAAGUACAGACAUCAGGCUACUUGGCAAAAGACAGUAGCAGCACGCGAACCGCGCGCUAGACCAUGCCCCACUUGGUCCAUGAUUACCACUUUAGUAGCACUCUAUUUCUAUUCGUUCGUUCGGGAAUUUUUGGGCUGCUCGGAACGAUUACCUGACAACAUUGUUUCACGCUUUACCACUUCCCUAGAAAUCCC